CACACACAUGCUCAGACACACAAGGACCAGAUAGAUUUGUAUCACUCACUCUUCUACUCAUUCUCCACUCCGUCUCUUCAGCGAUUCCCUGCAGUCUCGGAGGUCACGAAUCAGAGAGGUCACCAUGGUAACAAUGAGCUGGAUGCUGCUGUUGUGUGUGCUGGCAGGGGGGCAUGGGUCAGAGGUCGGAGUUCAGGAGGGGUGCAGCCGUUGGAUGGGAGGUGUUCCUGGGACUCCUGGUCUGGACGGGCAGGAUGGGAGAGAUGGGAGAGAGGGGCGCCAGGGAGAGACAGGAGACACUGGACUUCCAGGUGUGCGAGGUGAGAGGGGAGAGUUGGGGGAAGUUGGGGAGGACGGAGUCCAGGGACAACGGGGUUUCCCGGGGGCCCCAGGGCUACAGGGGCAGAGGGGCGAGAGUUCCUUCCUGUAUCGCUCUGCCUUCAGCGUGGGACUAACUACACCCACUACCACGACAGACACACCCCUUCACUUCGCCAAGAUCUUCUACAACGAACAGCAUCACUAUGAUGACAUCUCAGGAAAGUUCCGCUGUUUUAUCCCCGGAGUGUACUACUUCACCUUCCACCUCACUGUACAGGGUCAGGGGUGUAAGGUGGGGCUGUACCGUAACGGCCGAGUCAUUUUGCUGACGCUGGACCAAUUCCUGACCUCUGACCUGGACCAGUCCUCUGGAGGGGCGGUCCUAAAUCUCUCAUCUGGAGACCAAGUAUGGCUGCAGGUGUAUGGUGCGGAACAGGAAGAAGUUGGAAUUUACGCUGACAUCAACAACGACUCCACCUUUACUGGCUUCCUGAUUCAGGCCCGCCUACCUAGCAGCCCAUUGGACAACCGCCGACGCUGACUUUCUGCUUUAGCUGUGCCUACCUGGCAGCCGAUUGGACAACCUGCUACUGCCACACCUACUUAGCAGCUGCUUAUUUUCCAUCACAUCACUUUUUCCCCUUCUUCCCUUAUCCCUCUCUCUCCCCCAUUCACCUCAAUAUCUCCCUAACCUCCAUCUCUCACCACUUUUUGUUCUCCGAGAUAAGCUAUAUUAAAUACUAAAAGGAAAUAGAACUGCUCCCUCUUUCUCUAUUAUUUCGCCCUUUUUCUCUUUUUAUCAUUCCCCCUCUCUUUUUCACUCUUCGUUCAUUUCUCUUUCCCUCCCUUCCCCUUCCUAUCUCACCCUUCCCCACACUCUCCUCUCUCUCCUCUCCCACCUCUCCUUCCUCUCUCUCCUCACUCUCCUCACUCUCCUCACUCUCCUC